AUGAAGAGGAGCUUGUUUUACGGCUUCAUCUCAGCUGGCGGAACCCCGGGCCCCGGGAAUCCGGGAAAGGGCGGUAGAGGGAAUGGAAAGACGGGCGGUGGAGGUGGCGGCGGGAAAAUUGGCGGGAAAAUCGAAGGAGGUGGAUUUGGAAAGAUUGGCGGGAUUACAGAAGGUGGUGGCUGGAAAGGGUUUGGCGGGAAAAUGCUCGGUGGAUUGAAUGGGAACGGAAAAGAUUCUGCAUUUUCGGGGGCAGAAAUGGAAUUUGUGGGAGUGGCGGCAGCUGGGGGAGCUCUGGCAAUGGCGGGAGGAGGCUGCCAGUGGCCGGAGGGUCUUGAAUUGGAGGUAAGAAAGCAGGGCUGGUUAAAGGGCUUGAAUGUGAAGAAGCCGGCGGAGGUGGAUGACGUGGUGGCGCUGGCUGCUAUGGAGCAGUAUGGUUUGUUGCUGCUGAUGAGUUUUACAGUGCAGGUUUUGAUUUUCUUGACGUGCUUGCUGACAGGGAAAGGGAGUUUGACUUUGAACUCUCCGUGGAUGUCUGUUUUGACUUGCUGUUUGAAGCUUGGGUUUGAGCUUUUGUCCUUGCAUUCCACUGCAACAGAUGCACCU